UGAACGACACGAUCAAUACAAAAGACCAAGUGAAUAAAGAAUUUACAUAUGUAAAUGGUAUAUUAAGACAUCUUAAUCUUUGAAGUAGUGUGGUUGAAUAUUGUGUUUAUGGAGAAUAAAAACAAAAAAAUCGAUGUCUUCUGGCAGACACAAAUUCAAAGAGGAAUUCAAUAAAUCAGUAAACGUAUUGGGAAAAGACAACUAUGGACACUAUAAUGAUUCAGAAAUGAACACCGAGGAAUCGGACGGAAAACGACCAUAUAACAAGAGUACAGAUGUGACAUAUGAGAAAUUAACGCCUACAGUGGAUGUUACCAGUAUGUAUGAUACCAUAAAUAGCGAUGAUGUAGGCAAUAAGGAACAAGUAGCAAACAUGGCCAAACAGUAUGGGUAUACAACGGAUUCGGAAUCGGACAAUUUUAAAUGUUCAACAGGAAUAGAAACGAGAAUGAAAACAUUGGCUGGAAAUCAAGUGAGGAACCGUAAUACAGAUAUUGCGUAUGAAACCUUAGCGUCAACGAAUGAUACUUCAAAUGAAUAUGACAAAAUUCGAAGUGGAAUUGAUGAUAACGCUCUCGAAAGACAUAGUUCAGAAGAAAAUACGAAAGUUUAUACGAAUAUGAUCUUAAAUGCAACUGACUUAAAUCUAACAGAAAGCAACCCUGAUACCGCUAAAUCAUUCGAAGUGUGGACAAAGACAGAAUCUCCGAAAGCUUUAACUAGCGAAUAUGAAAGUCUUACAUUGCAAAAUCUGAGUAAUCAAGAUGAAUAUAACACAAUAAAUGGAGUUGACAGGAAAAAGAUUAGAACUGCAUUUGCGUCUCGGAAAACCAGACUGAUUUGCAUUUUUCUUGUAAUUGCAAUUCUUGUAAUUACAACUGUAAUAACCACAUUAGUUUUCACUGUCUUUAAAAAUGAGAAUGUUGAAAAAUGUAUAUCGUUAAUUGCUCCAGAAAAUGGGUUUAUAGACGAUAAAAACAAAAAGGGUUCCUUAGUUGUGGGUACAGAAAUAACUAUCUCCUGCAUGGAGGGAUAUUUUGUUGACGGAAAUGAUACAGUUGUAUGUUAUCUUAACAGAACUUGGUCAGAAUCUCCAGCAUGUGAAAUAAGGGACUGUGGAAUACCAUCAGACAUAAAAAAUGGUUAUAUAGAUGAUUUAGAGAAUACAACAGUUAACAGUACAUUCACUGUCAAAUGUGACGAAGGGUACAUUAAAGUGGGCGUUGAAACAGUCACGUGUGACAUGAAUGGGACAUGGAGGGAACUACCAAACUGUAGACCUGUGUCUUGUGGGAUUCCUCAAGUGUUAGAUAAUGAAACUGUUAUCGUGAACAACGUAACUACAUUUGGAACAACUGCCAACUUUCGAUGUAUUGAAGGAUUCUCGCUAACGAGCGCCUCGUUUGCAACCUGUUUAAGUAAUGGCAGUUGGACACAGAUUCCUUCAUGUUUCAAAACGAUUGGAGCAGCAUGCGAAGAGGCAGAGGUACUGUAUGACCUUGUACGAAGAUCUAGAAUAUAUCAAGCUGAUGGUGUACAGGGUAGUGACCCGUUUGUCGAUGACGAAUACCUGUCCCCAGAUUGGUACAGCGUAAUUUUCAACGGGGAACAAUAUAUAAUGCCAGAUGUAAAUUCUAUGCCGCAGUACAACUUUUGUGGAACUGAGAACCCGAUUUAUCUCAAGGGUCCUUAUAAAAGAUAACAUAAACUAUAGGUACUCAAUGUGCUACGCACAUGUAGACCCUCACAUGAAAACAGCUGACGGAAGGCUUUAUGAAUUGAAUGAUUAUGCUGAAGAAUUCAUACUUUACUGGAACACGGAAUACAAUAUUAUGGUACAGAUGAAAACUGUAAGUUGUGUUAAUGACAGAGCCUACUGUACUUGUGCAGUUUCAGUUCGGGCUGGUGGUGAUAUUUUCCUGAUAAAUUUAUGCAACGGUAUGAACUUCAUUGGGAUGACUUCAUGUAAAGAUAAUGUUCUAAACAUUCUAAAGUACAACGAUUUGGAGUAUAAGGUUUUUACUUUUACCGGGACAGUGAUACAAAUCCACAUAAUACAACCGCCGAAUUACGACAUAUUGGACAUAGAUGUUAAAAUGGCACCGAAGGAUUUCCAGUCUAUUUCUGGAUUAUGUGGAACGUUUGACUCGAACAGCGGGAACGAUUUUCACACUAGAAAUGGGACUGUCACUGAUCGAGCAACUUUUAUUAAUGCUUGGAGAGUAGGACAAAGUGACAAAAACUACCUGUAUCCAACGUGCAAUCCUGACGUCAGCAGUUUUGAGGACGCAGAAGAGUCGCAUGCUUGCACCUGCAAUUGUUUUGAUGGAGUCAAUAUUUGUGAUACUGACAAAAGCGAGGCAACUUGUGCUCCGUCAAAAUUUUUGAACUGUACUAUAAAUCAAAAGAGUGAUAAUCUGUGUGCAAGGUUUUCUAACAAGUGUGUGAGCACAAACUAGACCUAUCAGACAAGUUUCAAAAAUUCUAGACGUCUUGCAAAAGUAAUGAAUCUUGGUGUUGCAAGAUGUUUGACACAUUUACAGUUACAUGUUCAGUCUUUGAUAUAAAAGAAGGAUAUUAUAUCCAUCAGGGAAAGCCACGUUCUAAAAACGCAGCCUCCCCGAACGUAAAUCCAGCACAUGGGCGCGCACAAGACCAACACUCUCUCUCUCUCUCUCUCUCACACACACACACACACACACACCACACACAACGUAAACGCACAAUGACAAAACAAACAAAUAAAGGAACACAGUGGGCACCGCUUUGGAACGGUCAGUUGGGGAGCUUAAACAAAGUAAUUAUUUAACUUGUCUCAAAUGAUAUUAGUUGCGCAAAAUUGAUGAAUGAAAGUUCAGUUUGCUAAAAGUAUAAAAUUGUUAAUCAUGUGUUCAAGCAUAACAGGAGCAAGAUCUAAAAUAGUGACAGGAAAUGAAAAUAAAUAAAACUCAUAUAUUUGUAGCUUCUUUCAACAGAUGAAAUGACGGCAUAUAAGGGGAAAUUUCAUAUUCAUUUAAAAUAUGGUUUCCAUGUCCAAAUAGACCUUCAAAAUUGGCUAACCAAUGCAUUUAAUGUAGAUGUACAAAUAAGGACUAUUCUAUUUUAGACAUGCAUAUAUCACUUUAUACUGCAAUAAAUUCUAUAUAAUUUUACCGUAGAAAACUUCAUUGGUUUACAAACUUUUAAGGCUUUUUCAUUUUUGAUGCGUAUGCGAGAAUGAUAAAACAAUGAUUAAAUGUUUGUACGUAAACAUCUUUUUCCGGUAACAGAAUAUACAAUCCAGUUCUAGUUAUUUACCUAAAACAUAUUUGAAAUAAGUUAAUAUUGAUCCAUUCAAGUCGAAUUAUGUCAAAAUUAUGCUGUUAAAAUGUUGCUCUUUGGUUUCCUCACUGGUAUGUAUCACUGAAAAUUCUAACACGAUCCGCAGCAAUUGUUCUAUAAACAUAUAGCGAAAUCGCCUAUACAUGAAUCUACGAUAAAAUAUGGUUGGCUGUUACAUUUCACCCCAUAUGAUCGUAACAUAAGAGAUUCUACUCCAGUUCCAUUACAUACGAAUUAUUUCAGGGCCAAACGGUUGAAAACAGCAUCUCAAAAACAUAAAUAUAAUAAAAAGUCAUACUGAUUUAAUAUGUGUAGGUCCGUAAAACUCGUUCUGAUCUCUACGAGCGAAUUCAGUUAGCUUAAUUAUGAUUCAGCGGUGACGUCAUAAAUGUAUGACAUAAAGUAUGAUGUCAUAAUGAUGUGACAUCAUAUAAAAGUUAAGCUGGUCACUCGUAACACAGUGCUACGCACUCGGGAUUUAAUUAUUACGCAUCCAAACUCCUGCUCAUAUUUUAUUAACUGAUAAAAUAUAGGAACAGAUUUAUUAUUUCUUAACUAAAACGAUAUCUGGAAUUUCAAGUAUCAUAUUUUUACCCUGAAAUUGUAAUAUUGAUUCCUCCUAGCAAAAUAUAACACAUCUACAGGAGAAGGGAAAAGACAUCCACAUAAUAGCUAAAAAAACAUCCUCUUUGUCACUACUUCUGAUGUGAUAAGUAUCUGAAAAAAUAACUAUGCAUACAUUUUAUUGAAUUUAACGUCUCACAAUUAAAAGUCAUAUUGGGACUUUUCCAGCUUUGAUGGUGGAGGAAGACCCCAGGUCACCCUCCGUGCAUUAUUUCAUCACAAGCGGGCAUCUGGGUAGAACCACCAACCUUUCGUAAGCCAGCUGGAUGGCUUCCUUACAUGAAGAAUUCAACGCCCCGAAUGAGACUCGAGUCCACGUCGGUGAGGGGCAAGUGAUUUGAAGUCAGCGACCUUAACCACUCAGCCAAGUAGGCCCAAAAUGCAUACAUGGUCCGAAAGUAUUAUUCUUACACUACCAGAUUUGUUUUCCUAUAAACAAAACUGACUUAAACUGUGUGUUUUUGUGCAUCACAAUCACUGUUUUCACGGAUUAAUAAUAAUUCACUUCCUCUCAAGUAUAUGCAAAAUAAAAUGCAAAAUUUAUUUUAAGCUAACUAAAGAAAUACUGUAUUCUAUCAGUUAAAUAUGUUUAUAUCUCAUCACUCACACUGUGAAAAUAUGAAAUCUAUAUUUUCACACUAUGAGAGAUAUAGCUCCGAUCUACUUGUACAUUGUGUAUGAAUUUUAAAUUAUUUGCUUAAAACAGGAUGAAAAUUGUAGUCGCACUUUGUUCUUUAUAGUAUAUUUCUCGAUUCAAUUUUUUUUACUUAAUGAGAAUUUCAUAACGUUAUGCAGCAAAAAAUAAAAUAAAAUAAAAUGGAACUUUAUGUUGUGUGCGGCUUUCUAACGGCACAACACGUCUGACGUCAUGUCUGUUUACGUGCGUCUGGUUCCCACGCUGAGAUUAAAAAUUGUUGCAAAAUGCACAUCUCAACGUAAUUGAGCAUAAAAAAAUAAUGUUCGUUUGUUUUUCGUGAAUGUUGAAUAUAUCUCACCUCGAAGCGAGAAAAUGUUCACAUUUUCACUCAAAACAAACAAAUAUCCUCUGUAUAGUCAAGACGGAAUAAAACUAGCACAUGUCAUUCCUAAGCUGAUAAAUAACCUCUCUCACUUAUUCUGUGGUUAUAAGUAUCAUAUAUUAUCAUUUUACCAGAUUAUUAUAAAUCUAGUAUAAUAAUAAUAAUAAUAAUAAUCACAAUUUAGAAAAUAUAACAAUGCACAUAUGGUCGGAAAAUAAGUAUUUCAUAUAAAAUUGUAUGUUAUAAUGCAACAAAAUCACUGUUUGUACGUCACAAAUGUUACGCCGUUGUGUCAAACAUCAUAGCAUCAUCGUAAAGCAAAGGAAUUAACACAUUUGUAAGACAGCAGUUUGCUGUAGGAUAAUUUAAUCUACCUGCAAGAUAAAGGAUUUAACAGGAAACGGGACGAAAGACGGAGUUUUAAGACAUUUCUGACAUCGUGUAAUCUUCUUCUUCCAAUACUGUACAUGGCCCACUCUGGAGCAUUGUCGUACAAGUGCAACUUUACAAGGUGGAUGUGAGGCGCAAACAAGUGCAGGUUAAAAAAUGGUAAAAUCGCAGGUGUACGUAUUUACAGUGGAUUACAGACAAUGCCCGCCUUGAAAGCCUCUAUGGUAGUGGCUCCUGUCAGGUGAGCUGGCAGAGUGUUCCAUAACCGUAUACUGGAUGGAAAGAAGGAGUGCCGGUAUGAAUCUGUUCUGCAGAAUGGGCCCAUGAAUUUUGUGGUGGUAGCCCUGUUGAUGGCAGCUGAAGUGUGGUAGUGGGAGGCAGGGUCUAUGUCCACAAGGCCGUACACAAUACGGUAUACCAUAAUGGCCUUUGCGUACCGUCUACGCUGCAGCAAAGUCUGCCAACCUAGUUGGUUGAUCAUGUUGCUGGUGCUACUGGUAGUGUGGUUAUCCCCAGUUACAAAGCGCGCAGCUCUUCGUUGCACAGCUUCAAGUGACUGAAUACACAUCUGAGUGUGGGAAUCCCAGGCUGGGGCAGCAUAUUCCAGUAUGGACCGGACGACCAGGGACGAAUAACAUCUAUCCUUGAUGUUACUUGGGCGGCUUUGUAGGUUGCGGCGUAGAAAAGCUAGGCUGUUGUUUGCUUUCUUGACCACUGUCUCAACAUGUGGUUUCCAGGAAAGGUCCUCAGAAAGGGUUACCCCCAAGUAUCUUCCAGUCUUUGCAACCGCUACUGUGUGGCCGCGAAUCGUGUAGUCUGCGCAUAGCGGGUUUCUCUUGCGAGAGAACCUGAUGACUUCACAUUUGCUGGAGUUAUAAGACAUUUGCCAGUCCUUUUCCCAUUUCCCAUUGGAGUCGGUCAAGGUCCUUCUGUAAGAUCAAGGAAUCCUGAGUUUUAAUCUUCCUGUACAGUAGAUUGUCAUCACCAAAGAGUGUAGUGAUGGAGGAAACUGUUGCUGGCAUGUCGUUAAUGUACAACAAAUAAAGAAGAGGACCGAUCACGGACCCCUGAGGGACACCGGAGGUAACAGGUGCAGAUGCGGAUGACUGGUUCUCAACAACCAUUUGUUGGCUCAUGUGAUCUGAUGAGUUUUCGAAAGGAUGGAACAAAAAAUGUUUUUCAAAACCAGUUCAUAACCUGCUUCGCUCCCGCCUAAUAUGGAUUUCCUCGACAGCGUAUAUCCCGUAUCCUGUCACCAACAAGCAGUGUAACUAAUAAUCUCAUCACUCACACUGUGAAAAUCUAUAUUUUCAUACUGUGAGAGAUAUAGCUCUGCCCCCUCAUACAUUGUGUAUGAAUUUUAAAUUAUUUGCUUUAAACAGGAUAAAAAUUGGAGUCGCACUUUGUUCUUUAUAGUAUAUUUCUCGAUUCAAAUCAUUUUACAUAAUGAGAAUUAAAAUAUCAUAAUAACGUUAUGCAGCAAAAAAUAAAAUAAAAUGUAACUUUAUAAUGUGUGCGUCUUUUAACGUCACAACACGUCUGACGUCAUGUCUGUUUACGCGUGUCUGUUUCCCGCGCUGAGAUUAAAAAUUAUUGCAAAAUGCACAUCUCUACGUAAUUGAGCAUAAAAUAGAAAAUUUGUUUGUUCUUCGUGAAUAUUGUAUGUAUCUUACCUCGAAGUGAGAAAAUGAUAUAAUAAUAAUUAUUAUAUUCCAUAUUCACUCAAAACAAACAAAUAUUCUCUAUAAAAUCUGACUAAAAUAUAUCAAAAACGGUGAUUUUCUGUUUAAUAAAAUCGCUGUUUGUCGUUCCGAUGCUAAUUAUUAUAAGACUUGGGCACUUUUCUAAUAAAAUUUCUUAGCAUCUUAACUCCAAACAAUAAUUUUAUUCAACGACAAGUCACUGUUUGGGAUAAAGUAUGUAGUAUGUCUAAAAAAACAUAUCUCAUGUUGUAUAUUUCUUGCUUUAUUCGACAGUUUUCAUCUAUUGACACUUGAUCGUAUUUUUGUUUUAGUAUUAUCAUAUUUUUUAAUUACAAUGCUGCCAUUAGUCGCCGGUAGAAACGGCGACUAUAUUUGAUACGCUUUAGGGUUCUACAGCUGGUAGGUGAAGUUAUUAAAAUGUGACAAUGAAAAAAUGAUAUUGUAAAUAAAAGAAAAAUAUGACAGUUAAUGAAAGACUUACAUAAAGGAAUUAGGUGCUGAAAAUUGCAUAAGAUUUUUAUUAUUUCAAAAGAAAGCUUUUUUAGGAAAAUAGGAAAAAUGUAUAAAGAACAUACCCCUAUCCUAUUCAGCCGUAAAUAAAGCGAGCACUGAUUGGCCGAGUCUUUACCUGUGUCUACGUCACGCUGCGAAUCGUACUACUGCAGACGAAAAAAAAGAUCUACAUGAGCGCAUGUAAGACAAUGGAAGUAACACAGUUUUAGGACAAAUUCUGUGACUGUCUCUUGUAUGUAAAACAGUUUAUAAAUGAAUGUCAUUAAAUUUCAUUAUUUCUUUACUUUAUUGUCAAACUAUGGGCCUUUCAUUAGAAGCUAUAUAAUAAUUUGUCGAAAUGUUUUGGUUACGAGAAAUCUUUCGCAUUUAUUGUUUGAAAAUGUGAAAAAUAUAUGCCGUCGUAGAUGAUGGUGCGUGGGUUUCAGAACGAGGCUUAGCGUGUGUUUUGUAAACAAAGGAAAACGAUUAAGUUUAGGUAACUUUCAUCAAGGAUACUACGUUUUUCAGUCUUUUAAUUUAACGGCAUGCAAUGCACUGCAAUUUCAGUUAUUUUUUCCAUCCAAUCUUCAAAAUAUUAGCCGACAGUUUUCCGGCAAUUUCAUGCUCUGCAUCAAAAUUUUACUUGUACUCUUUGGAUAGCAAUAUAAACGGACGUGGCAGUUUGGGUUUUGUAUAGCGAGUUCAAACGUUAAUAAAUAUGCGUUGCUUUGGAUAAAACUACAAUGUUAUUUUUGUAAGUAUUUACAAUUAGAACAAGAUGAGCUAGAGUUUAAGAAUUGAGUAACUGCAACAGGAUCCGUUAUUUCUAUUGUUUCCGACUUUCAGAUAAAUAAUAUUACAAGUUAACAAAACUAUAUACACAAUUCUUAGGUAGAAGGGUACACUUUGAAUUUUAGCCCCGUCAAUAUUUGUUAUAAUUAGAACUUCGUGAUUUUGGAUGUCUAUAAAAUAAAGAGAGAGAUAAUGAUUGUUAAUUCUUUAGAAAAUUUAAACAGCUGAUACAAGUAUAAUUCUGGUGUCAGUUGUAAAACUAACUGCUGCUAGCUUUGUAUGAAUCGAUGAGUCACCUUGGCGCGGGGAAUUCAAAUCAUAGAAGUGUUCCAUGCUUGUUGAUUGACACUCAGGAACAUUUUUGCUAUUUUGUGAACAAAACGAGAUGGAUUGGCCACUAUUCCAUUAAUAUCCUGUAGGUCAAUAGGGACUAUUAAAUUGAAAAAUGCGAUAAAACUGGACCUUGUUCCUGCAAUGGGAUCAUUGCAGGCUGUUCAAAAAGUGAAAAAUUGAAGAUUUUGGCGUGUUAUUUUUAAUGGAUAAUGUAAAACUUUCGUUUUGUUAACUUUCUGUAUUCUUGUAUGAGAAUUCUGAUCUUGUCAUUAAUCAAAAGCACAAACCAUGCACACAAUUUAUAAAAUCGCCACCCUGAUUCUGCUCAUUAGGGAAGUGCAAUAUUACGACUCGCUCAUGUAAGCUUGCCGUGCCCAAAAUUCUCGAAUCUAAGUGUACCCUGCUACCUUAAGGAAAAUCUGCCAAAAUUAUUUAUUUAUUUAUUUAUUUGGGUUUUACGGCGCACCAACACAGUAUAGGUUAUAUGGCACCAAACAGGACUACAAAUUUUGGUUCCACAUCUCAUUUACAUCGAAAUAAAAACAUGAAAUUAUGGAAUCAAAAUUUGCAUACCUGCUGGAAUCACAGAGUUACUACCAAAACCAAGUGUUAAGACCCUAUUAGUCGUCUCUUACGAUCAUGCAAGGGUAAGGCAGUGGUACCAAUUCUUUUUAGCUCACCUGUCACAUAGUGACAAGGUGAGCUUUUGUGAUCACCCUUCGUCCGUCGUCAGUCCGUGCGCGCGUCAACAAUUUCUUGUCUGCACGAUAGUGGUUCCAUUAUUGAUUUUAUUUUAACCAAACUUGCACACAACUUGUAUCACCAUAAGAUCUCGGUUCCUUUCUUGAACUGGCCAGAUCCCAUUAUGGGUUCCAGAGUUAUGGCCCCUGAAAGGGCCAAAAAUAGCUAUUUUGACCUUGUCUGCACAAUAGCAGCUUCAUUUAUGAUUUGAUUUUAACCAAACUUGCACAAAACUUGUCACCAUAAGAUCUUGGUUCCUUUCUUGAACUAGCCAGAUCCCAUUAUGGGUUUCAGAGUUAUGGCCCCUGAAAGGACCAGAAUUAGCUAUUUUGACCUUGUCUGAACAAUAGCAGCUUCAUUUAUGAUUUUAUUUUAACCAAACUUGCACACAACUUGUAUCACCAUAAGAUCUUGGUUCCUUUCUUGAACUGGCGAGAUUCCAUUAUGGGUUUUACAGAGUUAUGGCCCCUGAAAUGGCCAGAAUUAGCUAUUUUGACCUUGUCUGCACAAUAGCAGCUUCAUUUAUGAUUUGAAUUUAAUCAAACUUGCACAAAACUUGUGUCACCAUAAGAUCUUGGUUCCUUUCUUGAACCGGCAAGAUCCCAUAAUGGGGUCCAGAGUUAUGGCCCCUAAAAGGGCCAAAAUUAGCUAUUUCGACCUUGUCUGUACAAUAGCAGCUUCAUUUAUGAUUUGAUUCUAAACUUGCACCCAACUUGUAUCACCACAAGAUCUUGCUUCCUUUAUUGAACUGGCCAGAUUCCAUCUUGGGUUCAAGAGUUAUGGCCCCUUAAAGGUCCAAAAUCGGCUAUUUUGGCUUUUGCAGCCAUAUAGAGACUUCAUUUGUGGUUUUAUUUGAUACAAACUUCCAAAAUAUCUUCAACAACAAUAAAUCUUGGAUUCCAUGACAAAUCAGAUCCAGUUGUAGGUUCCAGAGUUAUUUUAUAUCAGAUUACCUCACCUGAUUAUAAUCAAAAUGGAUUUAUAUCAGCAAGUACUUAUAGGACUUAUUUGAAAUUUCAUUAUUGUUAUUAGUUGGACUGAGACAAUCAGGGUAGAUAACUAUGGACUGAUUUUAUGUCAAAUUACCUCCCUUUAUUUCAAAUUAAAAUGGGUAUAUCUCCGUAACUAAUGAAGAUACUGAUUUGAAAUUUCAUUUAUGCCAACAUAUUUAUUUCGCAGAUCCUUCUUUUGUUCACUUACGAUAUUUUUUUUUAAUUACUUCCCUUUUACGUUACUAUAAAUAGCUUAUUUUUAGUAACUUUUAUAAUUGGCCAUAGGGAAAAACCGAGACCACUUUUCUGUGGUACAACAUAGAUGGUACCUCCAAUUUUUUAGGUGUUUUUUGACAUAUCUAUACCUUGUAAGAAUUUUUGUCUUCUUUUUGGUUAAAUUUCUUCCCUUUGUUGUUCCUGUCCUUUGGAUUUAGAUUUGUUUUUGAGGACCUUCUUGUCUCAAGUGCAAUGAUAACAGGUGAGCGAUAUAGGGCCAUCAUGGCCCUCUUGUUAUACAAAGAUCGUCCCAGAACCACAUGUGCGGUUUCACAUAUUUUAGAACCUCUUGUUCCAUAUUUUAAACUUUCUUGGACUUAAAACGCUAGCUGACGGCACAGCAGCUCAAAAAUGUUACGGUGAGGACACAUCAAAGCAUGAAAGUCAGUAUAUACGUAUACGAUUUUUUUUUAGAUUCUAGCACCAUUAACAGUGUUCUAGUACAGUAGAAGCAUAAUAUUUAUCAUUAUCAACCCACGUAACGCAUAUUUAGUCCACCAGUUGUGCAUUUCGUCAAUCAGGGGGAUGCUCGGACGGUGGGGACCCCAUGAAAUAGGCAAGUAGGGGGUGGGGACAUUUUAUUUUCGCAAAAUGAUAUAAAAUUGACAACGGGAUCAUUGCAGGCUGUUCAAAAAGUGUAAAAUUGAUGAUUUUGGCGUGUUAUUUUUAAUGGAUAAUGUAAAACUUUCGUUUUGAUAACUUUCUGUGUUCUUGUAUGAGAGUCCUGAUCUUGUCAUUAAUUAAAAGCAUGCACACAAUUAAUAAAAUCGCCACCCUGAUUCUGCUCAUUUUGGAAGUGCAAUAUUACGACUCGCUACAUGUUAGCUUGGCCGUGCCCAAAAUUCUCGAAUCUAAGUGUACCCUGCUACCUUAAUCCUUUAUCGCAAUAACACUAUAUGGAUGUGUUUAUUGUUCUCCCGCAUUCUUUUUCGUGUGGCUUGCUUGCUUUUUUGAAGUUGCAUAUGUAUAAGAUCUUUUUGCUUAUUUUUUCUGAAAGGUCAUUAUCGUACUUUAACUUUGCCGUAUGUAUGUACUAUCGCAAGUUUCAUCAGUUAUUUAUAGUAGUUUGUAUGUGUUUUGUUUGGUAUAAUUCUUUUAUAUCUCUUUCACCUCUAUGUUAUUAAUAUGAUGUUAUAUGUCUCUUCCAUGAAAAUAUAUGCUGUGAAAUAUUAUUACAUAAAUACACAUUAACACUGUUUUUCAAUAACUAGGUCCACUAAGGCAUGUCCAAAUGACAAAAAUCUGACUAAAUAUAUAUUGGAAUAAAACAUGCAUAAAAUGUUGGCAAAUAUCGGCUUAGUGUAUUCCUAAAUUUUUCUAUGCAUUACUACAGCGGUUUACGAUGAUCAUAAUGUAUUGUAACAGUUGUAAUUUAAUGUUAUUUAAACCUUCGUGACUGAAUGGUACCCUUCUACUGACUCUUGAUAGUUUUUGUUUAGGCACAUGUUUUUAAACAGUAAAUAAACAUUAUUCUUCUGUCUCAAAGAUAUUUUUGUUAAUCGGAAAGACGUCAUGCAUGUUUCUUUUCUAUUGCAUUGGUUAUUCUAACAAAUAAUAUACUGCUGCAUAAUUUUUGUAUGACUUGCUGUGGCUGAUUUUGAAACGUCAAUAUUUUACAGAAUAAAU